AGAGGAAAACCCAGCGGUCUCUACCUGGCCAUGUAAACAAGAUAGCUGAGGAACACCAUCCCUAUCAACACUAGAGACGGCUGAUCUCACACCACCACCCACCCCUCCUGCACAUGCCACACACACCUCCACUGCUUACUGGGAGCUCACCACCACCAAUGUAGCCCACAAUCUCACGUUACACACGCCAUAUAAGGCACAAACCAAGCGAAAACCACAGUGGUCGAGCAGAUGUCAUGAUACGUGGUCGUUUUUUAAGUUUUCAAUCGCUGCAUGAAUUUUUAGCGAUGUGAGCGUCUUUCCUGCUUCUUUUUUUGAGUGCGUGGCGGUGUACAAUGAAAGGCGUGGCCGAAACACAAGGGUAAGGCACAAGGAGACGCAAAAAUGAAUCGCCAGGAAUUUUCUACGGGAAGGCUGCAUGCAUCCAGAGUGCUGCAGGAGCUGAAUUCCCUGAGGCACCUUGAGUCUCUGUGUGACGGCCUGGUGCGACUCUCUGACGGCUCCGUAAAGGUCAAUAAAGCAGUCCUGGCGUCGGGGUGCCCUUACUUCAGAGUUUUGUUUGAGUUUGAGGAGGGUUCUCAGCAAGGACAGAAUCGCACAGCUGAACCAACACUGGACAUCACCUGUGCGACCUUUCAGGUUAUUCUGGACUUCAUUUACACAGGGAAGGUUGUUAUUGACAAUGACAACAUAGAGGAGAUCCUCAAGGCCAGUGAUCUGCUUCUUAUGACAGACUUAAAGGAGCUGUGUAUUCAGUACCUGCUUGGGAAGAUUGAUGUGGACAACUGCUUGGGGGUGUUGCAGUUUGCGCAGCAGUUCUCCUGUCCAAGGCUGGUCCAUUAUGUGAAGGAUUUCAUCUGUGAACAUUUUAAGCAUAGGCAAAUUGUACGGACAGAUGAAUUCCGUGCACUGAACGAGGAGCGCCUGAAGGAACUGCUGGCCCAGGACGGCCUGUCUGUGAAAUCUGAGGUGGACAUCUUGACAGCUCUAGUUGUCUGGCUCAAUGCAAACCUUUCUGCAACACCAGACAUUGAGUCGCUGGUCACAACCUGCCUGCGUGAAUCGUCUGAUCUGAACUAUGACCCAAAGUUCCAGCGUGCCCUGCAGGACUUGCGGGCGUCUGUACCACCUUGGGACUCCCCAGGGGCAGAGGGCAUCCGGGAAGCACUCAGGAAGACUCCUCGUAUCAGGUCCAUCCGUGAGCGAGGCACCAUUACUGUGGUGGCGUGCUGUGAUGGCAAGGCAGCCGUGUACCUGGUGGACGUGCUGGACUCGGGAAAGUACUGCAGCAGCCACGUUGUGCUGCCGCCAAUGCUAGUCCCAAGAAUCAGGCCAACAUUGAUAGUGGAGGGCGGUUAUCUGUUUGCCUUGGGAGGAAUGAGGCUGGGGAAGGAGAAACAGAUGACAAGCGAUGUACAGCGUUAUGACCCGACCACCAACACCUGGAUGCUCAUGUCCCCCAUGCCUUACUGCUGCUGCUCCCCACAUGUUGUCUCACAUGCAGGGAAGCUUUAUGUCAUGGGUGGCUUCAAUGAUGAGGUUGAGCUUGAGAUCUCCAACCUUGAGGAGUUUGACAUUUACACCAACAAGUGGAGGAGUCUUCCACCCAUCCCCAACGUGCGGCGUGGAGCAGCAGUGGCAGUGGCAGAUGGCAAGAUCUACUACAUUGGUGGGUCCCCCUGGAGGGAGCCACCCAUUGGUAGUCUUUAUUUCAAAGUCUUGGAUGCUGUUGAAGUGUUCUGCAUAACAGAAGAGAUAUGGAUGGCCGGUCCCCCUCUUAAAGUGAGGAGGAGCCACGCUGCUGCCGUCUCACACAACGGCACAGUGUUUGUCAUCGGUGGAACGCGGCCGAUAGAAUGUCCAAGUGCACAGGGACAACUCAAGGUGACGGGCACAGAGGCUCUCUUCAGUGACUCUCCAAUGGGAUGGACGCAGUUUCCCAAUUACACUGUCCCCAACGAGGCCAAGAUCCACACUAGAGCCCUGUCAGACAAGGACCACAUCCUCGUCAUUGGCAAUGCCGACCUUACUGACGUGAAGCGCUUUAACUCCUUCCUUCUGGAGGGAUCUGGCUGGACUGUGCCACCCGGGUGUGAAUGCAUACUGAGGUCAGGCAGCAAGGCAUUCCACAGCUAUGCUCUCCUUACCUUACCUGCAGCAGCUAUGCAGCAGCUCCGCUCAGAAGACACUGAAUAGGUCCCGUAAAGUAACAACGCAUUGUGAAAUACUUCCUUACCAGUGGCAGCUAUAGAUUAGUUGUGAACCUCUACCAAAAGAAACCCACAAACCGAGACCCGCAAACCCACUAACAUAAGGUCACUUACUUGGAUCCACAAGGAUGACCACACCUGCGUCCACUUCAUCUUCCAUCCAUCACUGUGCAGCAAAUGGCAUUCAUCAUCUGCAGCUACCCAGGCUUUUCAUGCAACAGUGUACACUUGCAACAGCAGUUUUCUCAAAGGUUCUUCAGUGACUAGAGCCAGGGCUUCACUGUCUGCUGAGUUUCUUAAGUAAAAAGAAACUAGGAGCAAAAACACUGUAAUCUACAUAGCAUGAAUACAUAAUUACAAGGACUAUUUGGUGUUGGCCAGCUUCACUCACUCACCAAUCACCAAAUGGUAGUGUUGGAGGAGACAUAUGCCUAAAGGUAACUUUGAAAAUGAACACAAAUACUGUGCGUACGUGUCGUAUACAUCUUACCACACUAGUAUCCCUACUAAUAGUGUUGGUGUUAGCAAUGAGGAAGGGGAAAUUCCCUAUCACAUACACAGUUUGAAAAGUGUUGCAGUAAAGACUGAGCCAACAUUGCCAAACAUGGUACAUGGAGAGUGAGCGGUGGCAACUCAUCUUGUGGGGUGGUGAGUGGUGGUGGUGUUGUACCAUGCACACCACAAGCCAGUUGUUACUGGUUGUGGAAGCUGCUCCAAACCAAGCCAAAGGGUCACACAGCUGGUGUCCGUUUAUUCUUUUACAACUUACGGGUGUUCUUAAAUAUUUAAGAUAACACUUCCAUGGGACGUGAUUGUCACAAAGGUAGCCAGUCCAGUGUAUGUACCAGCAGCUUGCUAGAUAGACUCCAUAGUGUGUCGGUCUGUACUGUGUAUAUAAAUACAGUGUAUGCAUUGUGUUGGCAUGACAAGGCUCUGUAAUGUACUGGUUGGCACUGUCUGCAAGUGUUGUUGUUGAGGCACUACAGAGCCUGUGAUCCAGACUGGGAUGCCACAAUUCACUGUCAAUCACACUGGUGAAUCAGACCGGUGAAUCUUUGAUACUAACUGGAUUUAAAAAUGUCAGAGUUGAAUAAAUUGUUAUUUUAA